GCCGACACGACAUGGCCUUGAGGCCGACGAACAAACGAACUUCCAAUAUAGUUCCAUUGGCUAGGUAGGAUCUAGUUUUCAACACGCUCCUUGAAACCUCCCCGGAUUUUCAUCGCCAUCUGCCCCGCAUCGCGCUACUCUCCGUGUUGUGCUGCCAUCUGCGCCGAAGCCCUCUCUAGCUGGGAUCUGUAUCCGGCGCAACCGAGGGCGAGGGACUGAAGUGCCAGGCAAGGGGACGGACGAGCCUGUGGCAGGUGCUUGUCGCUCGCUGAACUUUUCGCCCAGCAGACCAAAAUAUAAGCUUCGCUGUCUUCGAUCUGCUGCUGCCCCCUUUACAAUAAUAAUACUGCCACAAUAAUAUAUAUAUGUGGGCGGCCUUCCACCGCCGCGUUUCACCCUCAUCUCUCAACUUCGUCUCUGUACGGUUGACUGAACAACGUGCGCAUUCCGGAUUUCGAGGGUGGUCGUCACCACGCGAUCCCCCCCCAACCAGACAUAACUGCUCCGGAUUCCCUGAUCAAUAUCCAUCUUCCUGUACGAAAUACGCUUCGUCGUUCUGGACAUUCGCUGUUUCCGCUGUUGUUGUAUUCGGCGGUUUAGGCUUGCGACAUAUUUAUUGGGCGCCCGACAAAGCCAGCAUCACGACUAGGAUCUCACCGGUUCCAGGGCAUUUCAACUCUGAGGACAAAGAAGCAGCAGGGGCAGAAAAAUACGAAAUGGCAACAGAUCCAGCGCUCAGCGGGCGGCUUGGCCACCUUACAGAGCAGGAGGAGGCGAAACUCCGGGAGCUUUGGGCGCUCCUGUUCAAGAUAUUCAAAAUUGGCCAGGCUGAGGGAACUGAGUUGGCGGAUAGUUUAUCAUCGCUCCAGAAAACUCAAAGUACAACUGCGAACACGACAGAUGCCGCCUCCGUGACGUCAAAGAAGAAGACAACCACAAGGAAACGAUUUGGCUUCUUCAGCAAGUAUAAUGAGACUGUGGAAGAGAAAGAAGAAAAUUCGACUGCCAAUGGCCACGCUGUAGCUAGUCAGAUGAAGCUGUCGGAUGAUGACGAUAAAUAUGGACUAAACAAGGAGUUCUUGACUGCUUUAUCCAGCCAAUCGCCUGAGGAGCUACGGAUGGCGUUCUGGAAUGUGAUUAAACAUGAUAACCCGGAUUCGCUCUUGCUUCGAUUCCUGCGGGCCAGGAAGUGGGAUGUUCACAAGGCCCUGGUGAUGUUGGUAUCUACUCUAAAAUGGAGGUCCCAGGAGUGGAAGGUGGACGAUGAGAUCGUGUUUAAGGGCGAGGCUGCUUUCCAUGAGAAUAGCAAGAGUGACGACCCUACCAAGAAGAAGGAGGGCGAGGAUCUGCUCCAUAUGCUUCGAAUUGGUGAGGCCUAUUGCCGUGGCAAGGAUAAGCUAGGCAGGCCGAUUUGCUAUAUCAAUGUCCGGCUGCACCGUAUCGGCGCUUACUGCCAAUCCGCUAUCGAGAAAAACAUCAUCUUUCAGAUCGAGACUUCUCGCUUAAUGUUGGACUCUAGAAUAGACACUGCUGUUAUUGUUUUCGAUAUGACCGACUUUGGGCUGGCGAAUAUGGACUAUAUACCUGUUAAAUUCAUCAUUAAAUGUUUCGAAGCCAACUACCCUGAAAGUCUUGGUGCGAUUCUUGUUCACAAAGCACCAUGGAUAUUCUCUGGCUUCUGGACAAUCAUCAAGGGCUGGCUGGAUCCCGUAGUAGCUUCGAAAGUCCACUUCACGUCGAACUAUCAAGAACUAGAAAAUUUCAUCGCCAAGGAAGCUAUUCCCGUAGGGCUUGGGGGCAGUGACGACUACGCGUACGAGUACAUAGAGCCCAAGGCAGGGGAAAAUGACCUAAUGAAAGACACCAUUAAAGCCGCGACACUCAAGGAAGAAAAACUUAAGAUGAUUGAUGAGUAUCAAAAGGCGACGCGAGAAUGGAUAGACACCGCCUCUACCGCUGCGGAUAAGGGCGAGGAGAUUAACAAGCAGAGACAAGAUAUCGCCUCGCGGCUAAGUGAAUUCUACUGGAAGCUUGAUCCAUACAUCCGAGCGCGCUCCAUUUACGACCGUAUCAGAGAUGCUGAGGAAGCUAUCGCUACAUCCACCGCAAUUACGAUCCCGAAACCUGAAGAGGUCACAGUGAAGGAUCAAGGUGCACUGUCAGAAAAGGGUGCUACGGGCGAUCCGAAACCGCAGAGCCAGGUGGUGGAAACCACGGCUGUGGCUGCGGCUGCUGCUAGCUAGAAUUGCUUCUUUUUGCUUUUUUCCCCCCUUCUCUUUGUCCUUUUUUUUAAAGUUCAGUUCUCCAAGGCUUUUCCUGAUACGUCUUCAUGUUCAUUCUACCUUCGUUUUGCCCCGGAUUUUUCAUCCACUUUCUAGAUCUUAGUUAUUCUUUAUUAUUCUCUUAGAAACCCCUUUUGCCACGUCUAUCUGAUGUUCGAUGGGAGUCAUGCCUCAUUAUUUUUUAUGGCCAACUCUUUUGUAUCCUUACUGUUUUCCGCCUGUUUUUAUUUAUCUUCUCCAUGUGGAUAUCAAAAAGCAACUGCUAAAAUAACACAGUGGAUUGGCGCGCUCUCACGGGCUCGCAUACGCAAAUCUUAUGUACGUUUUUAUGAAUGAAUGCAGCAACCGAUAAAUAAAAGAAGAAAAAGAAAAUGCAUAUACACAUCAGUUUUCAAGCAACCAGGCCAUCUCAAAUAAUACAGUUACGGCUAAUCCCACCCAUUUUAACCCAUUUUUUGCCCACUUAUAAACCGAGUGCUACAUAUCAGACAACUGUGAAAC